GUUCAGGUUUCUGUGGCUGUGAUUCUGGUCCAGACUACGUCCUCUCUUCCCUCUCUGGAUGCUUUGGCGCUGGGUGGGCAGCUGAGAGCGGCUAGCCGUCAUCAGACCUCUGCUGUUUUCAGCUUCGGACAUUAUCCACUGACACCUGCCAACUUAUUGGAUGGAGCACUUGUGACACAACUAAUGCUUUCUUCUGCUGAUUCACCUUAAACUACCAAAGUUUGGAGAUCUGCUCCUGGUCAAUGUAUAUUGCACUAACCUCAUCACCACCAGAAAUGAAUGCCAACAGUAUGCCUAAACAAGUGGAGGUGAGGAUGCAUGAGAGCCACCUGGAGCCCAUCGAGGCGAGGCCCCGGUCCAAAUGUGCCCAAAUCUGCUCCAAAAUGUUCAAGAACCUCCUGCUCACGCUCACAGUCCUUGGUGUGAUCCUGGGAGCUGUAGCAGGGAUGCUGCUGCGUGUUGCCUCUCCAAUUCAUCCGGAUAUUGUCAUGGUGAUUGCCUUUCCUGGAGAUAUUCUGAUGAGGAUGCUGAAGAUGUUGAUCCUGCCUCUCAUUAUCUCCAGCUUAAUCACAGGGCUUGCUGGCCUGGAUGCCAAAUCUAGUGGUCGCCUGGGAACCAGAGCUAUGGUUUACUACAUGUCCACCACUGUUAUUGCUGCUGUCCUGGGUGUCAUCCUGGUGCUAGUCAUCCACCCUGGCAACCCCAAACUGAAGGAAAAUCUGGGCGAGGGCGAGAAAAACGAUGAUGUGUCCAGCUUGGAUGCCUUCUUCGAUCUGAUAAGGAAUCUCUUCCCAGAAAACCUGGUGCAAGCCUGCUUCCAACAGAUCCAAACAGUCACAAAGAAAGUUGAGGUGGUUGUGGAGGAGGACGUUAAUGUCACCACUGUGGAGGGCCUGGUGGCUAACAUUACCAAGGAGCCACAGUUCAUCAUCAAAAAGUCACUUCAGUUCAAAAGUGGCAUGAAUGUUUUGGGUCUGAUUGGUUUCUUUAUUGCAUUUGGCAUCUGCAUGGGCAAGAUGGGAGAGAAGGCCAGACUCAUGAUUGAAUUCUUCAAUAUCCUCAAUGAGAUUGUGAUGAAACUUGUCAUCAUGAUCAUGUGGUACUCUCCCUUUGGUAUUGCCUGUCUGAUUUGUGGCAAGAUCAUCUCCAUUAAGGACUUGGAGGUGGUGGGCAGGCAACUUGGCAUGUACAUGGUGACUGUUAUUAUUGGUCUGAUCAUCCACGGCGCAAUCUUCCUGCCCAGCAUUUAUUUUGUCAUCACAAGGAAAAACCCCUUCACCUUCUUCUUGGGAAUCUUCCAGGCCUGGAUCACUGCUCUGGGAACAGCUUCCAGUGCUGGCACACUUCCUGUCACAUUCCGUUGCCUGGAGGAGAAUUUGGCCAUUGACAAAAGAGUCACUCGUUUUGUGCUCCCAGUAGGUGCCACCAUCAAUAUGGAUGGAACUGCUCUCUAUGAGGCUGUGGCGGCCAUCUUUAUUGCCCAGAUGAAUGGUGUGAAUCUUGAUCCUGGUCAGAUUGUCACAGUCAGUCUGACAGCCACCCUUGCCAGUGUUGGAGCAGCCAGUAUUCCCAGUGCUGGCCUUGUGACUAUGCUGUUGAUCCUUACCGCUGUUGGCUUACCAACCCAGGAUAUCAGUUUGCUGGUUGCUGUUGACUGGUUAUUGGAUCGUUUCAGGACCUCAGUGAAUGUGGUGGGUGACUCCUACGGUGCAGGGAUUGUGUACCACCUGUCCAAAGCUGAGCUGGAUGAGCUGGAUGCGCACACGGCUAAAUCAGACGACAUCGAAAUGAUGACAAAGACCCAGUCCUAUUAUGACGACAUGAAGAACCACCACGAGAACAAUUCCAACCAGUGCGUCUUAACCCCAACUUCUUCUACAGCUGCUACUGCCAAUGCUAACAAUUCUGUCUUAGUAGAUGAAUGCAAGGUAACCUCAGCCGCUAACGGUUCUGCUGCGGAGUGCACACUUGUUGAGGAGGAACCAUGGAAACAUGAAUAAUGGCAGCGCAGAGGUCCCCCUGCUCCUGGGCUCCACGAGCUUUCCUAUCUGGUGAUAAAACAAGAAGAGUGAAUGAAAAGUCACAUGAACAGAACUACUAAUGUUUUUUUUUUAUGUAGUUUUAUUUUUUUUAUUCUUAGUCCCUUUAAGACGUUUUUUGUAUUUUGUCCAUCUGACUGGUAUGCUAUACUAAUUCACAUAACCGUGAACUAACAACAGAGGUAUACCUCACCUGUUAGAGCCACAUCCUGUAUACCAGAUACUUGCACAACAUACUUCAAGGCUUGGGAAGGGAGGAAAGAGAGAAUUAUUACUAGAUAUUUUUUCUUAGGAGUACAGUUCAGUUUAUGUUUAUAUGAAAAGCAACACAGUAGUGGUGCAACACACAUGCACUGAGGGUAUCUUCUAUAUUUUAUAAAGAUGGCUCCUUUUUCUGAGUGGGGAACCACACCAAUAAUUGAUACAACUGAUUUUAACUGCGUUGAACAUGCUGUAUUUACACCUUCAUAAAAAUCUCUAUGGUACAUCCAUUUACAAUUAUCAAGUACUCUGAUCAAAGGAAAAUCCCUCUGAGCCUCUUCACAUACAAGUAUUAUCACAAAGCACAAAUUAUUUCCACAAACCAGGAUUUGUUUCCCCUCUUCUUUUUUGUCUUCUGUGAAGAAAAUUGACAUUCUUCUUUCACGUGUUGAGAGAGAUUUUAAAACUAAUUUAUUUGUGUCAAGAAAGCAUGACCAAGUCAAGAAUAGGGACCAAACAGGCAUAAAGUCAACCGGCUAACAGAAGCCUUUCCUCUGCCUCCUUACGUACUUGCAACACAUUGUCACAUUUUUUUUUUGUCUACAAUGUGAUGCAAGUAAAAUCCCUACAAAAUUUAUAAAGCACUUUUCCCUUUUUUCCCCAAAGUAACUUUUUGAUGCCAAUGCAAUUAAAAUUUAUUUUUAUUCCUCAAAAAAAGGAAUACAAUUUAUAUAUAUAUAUUGCACCCUGAUGGAAAUGUAGGGAUUAUAUGGAGCACAAUUAAUGUCAAAAUGCCAAGUUUAAUUUGUAGUUAGUGUUUUUUUUGGCCAUUGCAACUUUGCUGCAUACGAAAAUUGAUUUACAGCAAACAGCAAACACUGGGGCUUUUUAUGUUUACCUUAACAGGAAUUCUUGUAAUGUCGAACUGUUUGCUAUAUCAGCUUAAGGAAAUGGCUUCUUCUUAGCACCAUUUUCCAAUGCUUUGUAAAAAAAAAAAAAAAGAAGUAUUUACCUUCAACAUUUAUUACUGAAAGAAAUGUGAAUAUAUUGUGGAACAUGAGGAUUUCAAGCACACACAUUCACAAGGUUUUUAAGCUAUAUUCCACUGGUGGAAUCUGUUUAUUACCUGUAAGCACAGUCAUCCCUGACUACUUAUGAAGCACAGUAGGUGAAGUAACAAGCACAAUUCACAAUUACAUCAUAUUUCCAAGAGGUUUCCUGUACUGCAAUCAGUGUUUAUGCCAUCAGAGCUCAAGACUGUUUCUACCAACCCUAUAUGCUGCAGCUGUGUUUUUGUGCCAGUCAGAGGACAUUUUAGGGGACUCAGAACAGAAACGGGUUAGCGAAGAUUAUUCAAACUAUUAGGUCAUAUUAGGAAAAUCUGCCGCUGAUCAACUUAUAAAGGUUGCAAAGGUUUUAAACAAAGCAGGGAAAACUGGAUAUCAACCUUUGUUGAAGGGAUAGUUCAGGAUUCUUUAAGUGGUCUUCUAAAUUGUUUUAAGCACUUGAUAUCUUAACUCUUCUGACACCUUCCUUUAGUAGAAAUCUGAACUGGGUGGUCCCAAAAGCUGAAGCUAACGAUUAGUUAGGAAAGGCCCACGACCAAAGCAAACUUCUAAAAAACUUUGGUCUCAGAAAUGUCAAAGUAGUUUAUCAAACCCAUUUUUAUUAAUGAUUAUUUACAGAGGAAAUGGAGGUUGGAGGUGGUGCAUCACUAGUGGAAUCCCUUAGAGCAAAAUUGAUAUGUACUGCUGUGUUUUCAUCUGCUCCCCACAUGCAAAUUGAGUUUUUGAUGAGAAUUUUUUUUUUAAUAUAAAAAUGGUUUCAAAAGUGCAACAUUUAAAAAUGCCAUGGUUUAACUGAGUGAAGAGAGUAUCCUGAAAAACACUAAACGCAAUGACGCAAAGGCACUCUUUGUGCAUGAACAUAACUGCUUUCUAGAAACCGCGACAAUAUUACAGCUGUUUAUUAUCCCUGCCUUACUUUGUUAUGAUUCUGUUUCCUUCAGACUUCAAAAAUGAAGUUCAUGAGGCAAUAACCAAUAAAAAUACUUUUUAAAAAUUCUUUCUUUUUUACAAUAUUUUUGGGACAACAUUGUGUAAAAUAUUCUUCUGCUAAAACAACUGUUCAAAGCAAACAUGGCAGUUGUUUUAAAAGGCCCAAAACGGCAUUAGCAUGAAUUGCUAUGGAGGCGCUACAAUUGGAGUUGUUUUGUUUCAACCUUCUAGGACCUGAAUCCUGAACUUUCACCUCGUCCUGUGUGAGUGAGCAGUGAGACCUUAGUUAUGUGGAGUUGAUUAAGUUGCUUUUUUUUUUAUCAGGUGGAGCCUUCUCUCCUCUUUUGUUUCUUUUUAUUUGUGCUGAAAUGACAACCAUGCCUUGAAGGUGUUCAAAUCAAAUGUCAUUUACUAUAACAAUAGAAAACCUAACUUAGCACUUUGUCCUUUAGUUCUCAAAGUACAUUCUCAAUUUACACCUUUUUAAGUUAAUUUAACAUAAGCGAGGCAUGUUUUGAACAACAUUGGUGUUCUACUUAACAUAUUAAAGGACUGAUGCAUGCUUAGGCAAAAAAUAAAUAAAUAAAACACACACAUAGACACUCAUUAAAUCACCUGGGCUUUUAUUCACACAUAUAUUAAAAACACUUAAAUAUUAUAGGUCAAUCAAGUUUGAUCCAUAUUUCCUGAGCUGCGGAGCACAGAACUGACACCUUCACAGGCUCUUUAAGCCUUACCUUUAGACCUUGUGAUAUUCAGGAAAUAUAUAUAUAUAUAUAUAUAUAUAUAUAUAUAUAUAUAUUGAAAAAAGAAAACUUCUCCAGUGAAGAGACAAUGCAAAUCAUAGUGUCACGUAAGGGGACUGAGUGUUGAAUGACUACUAUGUUCAAUAUUAUGGUUGUAGACGCAUGAAUUAAAUAAAAAUUCUAAUUAUUUUUUUGCACCACUAUCUUAAAAGCAUGAUAUUUUGAAGUGUCUCCAUGCACUUUGUGUAUAUAUUGUAGUUAACAGAUUUUGUUUUCCUUUUAUUGAUUUGUUAUGUUUAUUUUGAAAUGCCAUGUAGAAAUAAGGUUUCAUUCCUGUGACUCGUUGAAAUGUAAUCAGCUAGAGGAAGGGGGGGGGGGGGGGGGGGGGGGGAACAAAAAAACAUUUGUUUUAAUAGAUUAGACGAAAUGUAUAGAGGACAACAUGUAAUAAAUUGCCUGUCUGAUUUUAUUUUCUAAUUGGUGUUAACUAGCUUUUUAACAUCUAUGUCACACAUAUGAUAUAUAAAUAUUUUUUCUUUUGUAUCUAAUGUAAGUGUUUUGAAUGUUUGUUCCAUAAAGAUAUAAGCAUUGUGAAUUCAUUUUCAUUGUACAUAUAUGGAUAUAAUCGGUCUGUUCAGUGGCAAUGCAGAGGUUAAUUAAAAUUGCAGUGAUCCUAAAUCAAACAGUUUGUAUGAAAAGAGAGAGAGGGUUAAGAAGAGAAAUAAAGAAAGACAAGAGUAAAAGAAGGUUUCUUGGUUUAUAUGGAGGCCAAUCUCACUUAUUUACAGUGAAACUGAUGUUAUGAAGGUAUUUAAAGACAAAAAAAGGGUCAAGUUUGCCCUUGGUGUAGGACACACAGAGAGGGAUAAAUCAAAGCCAAGAAGUUAGUCAGAGAGAAUAAAUACCUGUGCUAUUCCUAUGCCUACCACAGUAAAGAGCAACAAUCCUCAGGUGAAUUAUCUGAAACAUUUUUAAAGGAAACAUGCUGGCUUCUUAGUCUCAGGCACAUUUGUUCCACUGAUUCAUUUAAACAUACAAGUCAUUAAUAUCUAGACCCAUUAGAGUCUAUAACUGCCUUCAGUUCACCACUUCUUCACACAUUCCACCUCGGUUGCACAAUCAAUGCCAGUGAAGUUUAUGGAAAUCCCACGUUUUUUAUUGCUUUCAGUCUCAAUAGCUUUUUGAAUUUUACACUAAACAGGUAUGUUGAGAGACCUGACGCCUGCUCAGCUAAAUGUUACUAAUUAGAUGCAAAGUAACUGACAAUAAAAAGCUGGAAUACUUUUAAACACUGUAAAGUGUGUCAUUUUGAAGAACUCCAUUAGUAGACAUGAUGGUCUGUUUCAUUGCUGCCUUAAAUGAGUUGGGGUCUGCCCUUAUUGUAAUGAUGUUGUAAUAUCAAUGUAAUGGCAAGAGAGUAUGUGUGUGAGAAAUAUACAAUUGGGUUGAAAAAAUAGAAUGAAGCAUUCUUUCCUCAGAUUUUGGUUGAUAUGAAAACAAAAAAAAAUGUUUCUACAUAUCAACAAAUGUUGUACCUUUGGUGUACAUAUACAAAUAUAACUAAUAAAUGUUCAUAACUAA